CCUCACCGCCCCGGGGUGACGUCACCAUGUCGGGGGCGGGGCUGGGGGCGAGGUCCUGGCGCGGGGGGGCGGAGCCCUCCGAGAGCAGCCCCGAGCCCCCCUCCCCCUCCAGCUCCCGGCCCCCCCCCCUCCGACACCAGCCCCAGCCCCAGCGAGGAGACCACGCCCCCUCCCCACGGCCCCGCCCACGGGAGGGGCAGGGCGGGGCCGGGGGGCGGGACCUCAGCCUGCCCCGCCCCCCCGGAGGCCGGCCUGGCCUGCGACAGGAACCUGGCGCUCUUCGAGGAGGAGCUGGCCACCCGCCCCCGCGUCCCCGCCCUCCUGCGCCGCAUCGCCCCGUACAGCGCCCUCAGCCCCGACAGCGACGAUGGACGUGUCCCGCGGCGGCUUUUGGGGACGCUGCGGGGGGUGGCGGGGCCGUCCCUGCAGACGCUGCUGGGGCUGGUGCUGGUGCUGCGGCUGCCCUGGGUGGUCGGCACCGGAGGGGUCCUGCAGGUCUCCGCCAUCGGCCUCCUGCUCGGAGCCUGCACCGUGCUGACCGCCGUGUCCCUGAGCGCCAUCGCCACCAACGGCCUCGACCCUGGGGGCUGCCCCCUGGGGCUGCUGUCGGGGGCGCUGGGCCCCGAGGCGGGGGGGGCCGUGGGGCUCUGCGCCUUCCUCAGCGCCGCCUUCGCCGCCGCCGCCGCCGCCCUGGGGGCCGCCGAGAUCCUGCUGGUGUACGUGGCCCCCCAGGCGGCCGUCCUGCCGGGGCGGGGCCGCGGGGGCCGGCUGAACAACGGGCGUGGCUAUGGGGCGGGGCUGCUGGGGCUGCUGGGGCUCUGCCUGCCCGCCCAGCCCGGCGGCCGCCUCCAGCCCUGCCCCACGGCCCGGCCCCCCGGCGCGGGGGGCAACGACACCCCGGAGGCGCGUCCGGCCUUCCCGGGGCCCAGCGCACGCCUGCUGGCGCAGAACUUGUGGCCCCGCCCCCCCGAGCCGGGGCUGGGGGUGGGGCCGGGCGGGGCCGAGGAUGAUGACGACGAUGACUCCUCCUUCGGGGUCCUGCUGGGGCUGAGCCUGCCCACCGCCUCGGGGGACCCCAACGUCCUGGCGGGGGACCCAAGCGUGUGGGAGGGGACCCGGGUGUUCGGGAGGGACCCUGAAAGAGGACGCAGGUAUCUCUGGGGGGGCCCCCCCAGGGUGGGGUGGAUCCAGGGGGGCUGCGGGUGGGACCCUGGGGAGAGACGGGAUGGGGGGGGCAACGACGACACCCAGACCCAAGCGUCCCGGGGGCAGGGGUGCUGUGGGGCUGCAGCCGCUCCGGGGAGCUCCGUGACGUCGCCCGCUCCGUCCCGGCCGGGAGCCUGGGGGCCUGCCCUGGUCACCGCCCUGGGUUACCUGAGCGCGGCCCUGCUGCUGGGGGCUUCCGUCGAGGGGCAGCUGCUGCGUGACAAGUUCGGCGGGUCUCUGCGUGGGACGCCGGUGGCGGGGGCGGCCUCGUGGCCGUCCCCGUGGGUGCCGCUGGCCGGGGCCCUGUUGUCGGCGGCGGGGGCCGGGCUGCAGGCGCUGCUGGGGGGCAGCCGGCUGCUGCGGGGGCUGGCCCGGACCCGUGCCCUGCCCCUGCCCCACGCGCUGGGUCGGGGUCGGCUCUGGCCGCUGGCGGCGACGGCGGCGGUGGCCGAGCUGGGCGUCCUCCUCGGCUCCCUCGACCUGCUGGCGCCCGUCCUCUCCGUGUUCUGGCUGACGUCUUACCUGGGGCUCAACCUGGCCUGCGCCCUGCAGGGGCUGUUGCCCACCCCCGGCUGGAGCCCCCGCUGCCGCCUCUACCACUGGGGGGUGUCGCUGGCGGGAGCGGGGCUGUGCCUGGGGCUGAUGCUGGUGACCUGCUGGUACUGCGCUCUCCUGGCCUUGGGUAUCGGUGCCACCGCCUACAAGUACCUGGAGUACCGCGGGGCGCAGAGCGAGUGGGGGGAAGGACUGCGGGGUCUCUCCCUCAGCGCUGCCCGCUUCGCCCUCCUGCGCCUGGAAGACGGGCAGCCCCCCGCGCCCAGCUGGAGGCCGCAGCUGCUGGUGCUGCUGAAGCUGGACGAGGAGCUGCGGGCGACGCAGCCCCAGUUGCUGGCCCUGGCCGCCCAGCUGCAGGCGGGGAAGGGGCUGACGGUCGUCGGCUCCGUCAUCCCCGGGGACCUGCCCCAGGACCAGCCCCGCGCCCGCGCCGCCGAGCAGGCGCUGCGGGCAGGGCUGGCCGGGGCGGGGGCGCGGGGCUUCGUACAGGUGCUGGUGGCACCGGGUCGGGGGCCGGGACUGGCGGCACUGGUGCAGGGCUGCGGGCUGGGGGCCCUGCGCCCCAACGCCGUCCUGAUGGGCUGGCCCCACGGCUGGCGCCGGCGGCACGACCCCGUGGCUGCCCGGAGAUUUGUCGAGCUGCUGCGGGUGGCGGGGGCCGGUGGCCGGGCGCUGCUGGUGGCCAAGGGACCGCUGGGGGCCGGUGCACCGGGGGGGACCCUGGACGUCUGGUGGGUGGUGGGCGACGGGCGGCUGCUCACCCUCCUGCCCCUGCUGCUGCGACAGCACCCCGCCUGGCGGGGGUGCCGGGUGCGUCUGUUCACGGUGGCGUUGCUGGAGGACAACAGCGUGCGGCUGCGGCGGCUGCUGGAGGCCGUCGCCCGCCGGAGGGGGCUGCCCGCCCAGACCCACGUCGUCGAGCUGCACGACAGCGACGUCUCGGCGUACACCUACGAGCGGACGCUGAUGAUGGAGCAGCGCUCCCAGAUGCUGCGGCAGAUGCGGCAGGCGCAGGGAGGCCCCACCCCGUCGCAGGCCCCCAGUGCCGGGGAGGAGGAGGAGGAGGAAGAGGAGAGAGGUGCCCCCCGCCGGGGCCCCAGCCCGGGGAACGUGCGGCGCAUGCACGCGGCGGAGCGGCUGAACGAGGCGGUGGGACGGUGCUCGGGGGGGGCCCGGCUGGUGCUGCUGGACCUGCCCCCCCCGCCGCCCCCCCGGCCCCCCCGGCCCCUCGACAACUACCUGGAGUUCCUGGAGGUGCUGACGGAGGGGCUGGGGCCGGUGCUGCUGGUGCGGGGGGGCGACGGGGACCCCCCCGGCCCCUGAGCGCACCAGUACGGCCCAGUACCGCCCGGCACCGGCCCAGUACGGGCCCAGCGCUCCCAGUACGAUGCCAGCCUGAGCCGCAGCUCUUCAAGCACGAUCCCAGUACGGGUCCCAACGCUCCCAGUACGAUGCCGGUCUGGGUCAUAGCUGUCUGAGUAUGAUCCCGGUAUGGGACCAAACGCUCCCAGUAUAGCACCUGUGCUUCCAGUACAAUGCCAGUCUGGGUCACAGCUCUCCAAACACGAUCCCAGUAUGGGCCCAGUGCUCCCAGUAUGAUGCCAGCCUGAGCCACAGCUCUUCCAGCACGAUCCUAGUGUGGGCUGCCACACUCCCAGUAUGGGCCCAGUGCUUCCAAUAUAGCACCAGUGCUCUCCAGUACGAUCCCAGCCUGAGCCGCAUCUGAGUCAGAUCCCAGUAUGGACCCCAGCGCUCCCGGUAUAGCACCAGUGCUCCCAAUAUGAUGCCAGCCUGAGCUACAGUUAAAGUAAGAUCCCAGUAUGAGCCCCAAUGUUCCCAUUAGGAGCUCCAGUGUUUCCAGUAGGGGCCCAGUGCUCUCACUAGAAUGCCAGCCUGGGCUGCAGCUGCCCGAGUACAAUCCCAGUAUGGGCCCAGUGCUCCCAGUAUAGGCCCCAAGGCUCCCAGCGCACCUCCAGUGCAAUCACAGUGGUCCCAGUAUGGGUCCCAGCGUUCCCAGUAGGGCCCUGGUGCUCCCAGUACACGUCACCAAUAAACAGUUUCCGCUCCA